AUGGAUGGAAGACACUGGCCAGGAGGUAUUCCCUCCACCAUUCGUCCGCAUCCAGAACCACAGUGCACUGGGUUUAAUUUCGACGUUGCCACACAGGGCUUUCGACGAUUCAUUCGCGAGAACUGGAAACCCGGAGAAAAUGAAUCCGAUGAAGGAUUCGAAUAUGAAGAUACCCAACGACGGAAAUUGAUUGAGACUUGGGCUUGUCCUGAUCAGGUUUUUCUACCGUGCUUAAAUCUGAUCACCAAGGACCCCUGCCUCCGGGGUAUCCCAGAAAACGCGAGCGUAACAAACUGCUACUGCAUCGCAUCCAUCCGCACACGCGAAGACCACGGCCGAAUGGUAAAAGCCCUCCUCCUCAUGUUUCUCUGGGAAUACUGCGAUCCUGAAUUCCCACCCAACGGACCGGUAUCUAUGCUCCCUCCGAACCCCGCCAGCGGGCCUAUCACAGCCGACAAUUUCAAAAUGGCUCGAUCGGUGGAAUGUCCCGAUCUGACAAAUAUGGGGACGACGGUUGAUGGGACGGUGGUGUUUCAAUCCUGGAAGUGAAGUAUUGGUUAAUAACCACACCUUGGAAACGGGGUUGCUGUUGAUGAGUCAGUUUCGAGAUAAUGGGUCGGUCAGAGCAUCGGGUCGAAUUCAGCCCAAGGACUUGCAUAUUGUAUGGGGGUAUAUCGUCGGUCUGGGGUGGAGUCUGCAGGAGUCGCUUGAGCAUAAUCUUGCUGACGAGAAGUGAGUAUUUCCAUGCUGUGGUAUUGUUCAUGAGCUGAUCUAUAGACCAUUCGAUCUGCGACCAUCCCUCGUUGACAUUCUAUUGUCUCGGUCAGACGAAGUCAGUCGGGAAGAAUUGAUGGAGAGAAUUGAACACAUCGCGUCAGGGUAUUUGCAGGCCGAAGAGAAAGGGGUUGGAUUUGCUGGCGAGUAUGAUAUGAGCCAGAUUGAGUUUGACCAAUG